CCGGUUGCUGCCGGGCCCAAUAUCCGGUGUCCGCCCGCCCUCGGCUCCGCUGCCGUGAUGCUGUCCCUGUCCCGCUGCGCGUCCCGGGCUUUCAGCCGCUCGCUCUCCGCCUUCCAGAAGGGGAACUGCCCUCUAGGGAGACGUUCCCUGCCCGGGAUCUCCUUAUGUCAGGGACCAGGUUACCCUGACAGCAGGAAGACUGUCAUUAACAGCAGUAAUAUCUUCAGCGUUCGCUUCUUUAGAACUACAGCUGUGUGCAAGGAUGAUGUGAUUACAGUCAAAACCCCAGCAUUUGCAGAAUCUGUCACAGAGGGGGAUGUCAGGUGGGAGAAAGCUGUUGGAGACACAGUUGCAGAAGAUGAAGUGGUUUGUGAGAUUGAAACUGACAAGACCUCUGUGCAGGUUCCAUCACCAGCAAAUGGCGUGAUUGAAGCUCUUUUGGUACCUGAUGGGGGAAAAGUAGAAGGAGGCACUCCUCUUUUCACACUCAGGAAAACUGGCGCUGCUCCUGCUAAGGCCAAGCCAGCCGCAGCCCCUGCUGCCGCAGCCCCAAAAGCAGAACCCGCAGUGUCUGCAGUUCCUCCUCCCCCUGCAGCAUCUGUACCUACCCAGAUGCCACCUGUGCCCUCACCCUCACAGCCUCUCACUAGCAAGCCAGUGUCUGCUGUAAAACCCACUGUUGCCCCUCCAAGAGCUGAGGCAGGAGCUGGUAUAGGUCUGCGUUCAGAACAUCGGGAGAAAAUGAACAGGAUGCGGCAGCGCAUCGCUCAGCGUCUGAAGGAGGCUCAGAACACCUGUGCGAUGCUCACCACUUUCAAUGAGAUUGACAUGAGUAACAUCCAGGAGAUGCGGGCUCGGCACAAAGAUGCUUUUCUGAAGAAACAUAACCUCAAACUAGGCUUCAUGUCGGCAUUUGUGAAGGCCUCAGCCUUUGCCUUGCAGGAGCAGCCUGUGGUAAAUGCAGUGAUUGACGAUGCAACCAAAGAGGUGGUGUAUAGGGAUUAUAUUGACAUCAGUGUUGCGGUGGCCACCCCUCGGGGUCUGGUGGUUCCCGUCAUCAGGAAUGUGGAAACGAUGAAUUAUGCCGAUAUUGAGCGAACCAUCAGUGAACUGGGAGAGAAGGCCCGGAAGAAUGAACUUGCCAUCGAAGAUAUGGAUGGUGGUACUUUUACCAUCAGCAAUGGAGGUGUUUUCGGCUCCCUCUUUGGAACGCCCAUCAUCAACCCCCCUCAGUCUGCCAUCCUAGGCAUGCAUGCCAUCGUUGAUAGGCCAGUGGUUGUGGGAGGCAAGGUGGAGGUGCGGCCCAUGAUGUACGUGGCCCUGACGUAUGAUCACCGGCUGAUCGACGGCAGAGAGGCUGUGACUUUCCUCCGCAAAAUCAAGGCGGCGGUAGAGGAUCCCAGAGUCCUCCUACUGGACCUUUAGGAGGAAGCCUGUGCCCCACACAACCAUGCAGGAACUGAAAACCAGUCUUCUCCCUGUCCCCUCACAGGCCCCAGGUCAGCCUGGUGACAGGCACAUGCUGUUGGCCUCAAGCAAGGAAACCAGGGCACUAUGUAACCAGCAGUCGCAGGUCUCUCGGUGUUCCUGCCAGGCUCUCUCCCUCUCUGCACCCUCUCCUACACUCAAAUAUCUGAUUUCCUUAGGCUUGAGGGAGAGAGAGAGCCUUAUGGAUGCUUGUUAUUCCUGCCUUUCCUCCCAUUAGCCCUCCACAGAGAUGAUUUCGCUUUCUUCCUGUCCAGUACACCAUAGGGAAACUGCCGGGGACCAUGUGAUUAAGUUUCUAUCUUUUGAACGUCUGUUCUCCAGAGAUGCCGAGGAGGGUGCUCUGCCUCCCAGGCUCGGAGCCGCCUCCGUCCUGGUGGCGCCGUCCUCGCUCGAUUCCCCCCGUGAGGAGGUGCCGACCACAGGCCGCAGGUGCUGCUCUGCCUCGGUGGUGCCUGCGUUCUCAGCUGUCAUUGUCUGAGAGCUGCCUCUUGUACCUCUUCCAGGAAGCACAUGCUGGGGGAUCUGGAGGGGCAGAGCGGGGGAGUAGGCAGGUUCUGAGGUCGUGUGUCAUAAACAGGACUGGAGCAGAACCCAGGCCUGCCCUCACACUCUCCGUCAUAACUGCACCAGGAAGACCCGUUUUGGCACAAGCACACACAGCUGUGGCUGUGCCGACCUUUCCAGGCUGCUAGGAACCAUUUCUGCCACCUUGUUCUCACUUAGAUGCUAGCACCUCUUGGCAGGGAGACAGAGCGUGCCCCAGCCUCGGGCUCCUGGUAGAGACUGGCGUGAAGGUGACUUCCUGUGGACUGGCUCAGAUUGUCUUGAGCUGUUCAAUUCCCUUGGUAUAAGCCUGUGGGCUGCAGAGGCGCUUCUGUUCCUCCCUGUGCCAGUGCCCUUCGGGAGUGGACCCUCAGCUCUUCCUCGGUAGAACACAGGUCUGGUGGAGGAUGGAUGUGGUGGAAACCCGCCCAGGGUGCUUGCACACAGUGGGGAAGAGGCCAGUGUCGCCUCUGAGGUACUGCCUUGGGUCUGGGCACUGACAUUGGAGUUCUUCGGAGCAUGGUUAAAUGCACACAUCUUGUCGGGAAAGUUACUGGGCUUCAUCACGUUGUAUCCCAACUGCAUCCAGGCCUGAGGCUGCUGACCCUUGACAACCGGGAGCCAUUUACUUAGUGUGGAAUGCCCAUUCGUAUCUUGAGGGAAGAAGCAAGGCCUGGGGGUUGGGUGGGGGAGGGGUGGGAGCCAGUACUGAGUGCCUGCAGCAGCUACUCUGUCUUCACUAUUCAGAACUUGUAACUCAAUAUUUAAAGAAACUGAUUUUAAAUGCAAAUUAAAGGGCAAAUGUUCGCAAACAGUG